UAGAACAAUCAAAUCAUUUCCUUGUGAGCUCGUGCAAGAAAUCAAUUUGACAUUGUAAGUUAGAUUUGAAAAAUUAGUAAAAUUAUCAUUUAUCAAGAUAUAAAAGGAAAGAAACUAAGUGGCAAUUUAUUGAGUUUUUUUUGUGCUCGUUUACCUACACAAAGUAAAUAAUAUGCUGGUGCAGAAUGUGCUAUUCCCCUUGCUUAUUUGCUUCGGACUAUCCAUAGCAGAAAUUGCAGAAAAAAACACCUAUACGACAAAAUAUGAUAACAUUGACAUAAAUGACGUUAUACACAAUGAACGGCUACUUAAGAAUUAUGUUUUUUGCCUGUUGGAGAAAGGACCAUGCACACCAGAUGGACUAGAGCUCAAGAAAAACAUGCCAGAUGCAAUUGAAACGGAUUGCAGCAAAUGCAGCGAAAAGCAACGACAAGGCUCAGAAAUAAUGAUGCGCUUUCUUAUCGAUAACAAACCUGAAUAUUGGAAUCCUUUGCAGGAUAAAUAUGACCCUACAGGGACCUAUAAGCAACGGUAUCUUGACAGUAAGAAAAUUGAGGUAUCUGCAGAACCAGUCGAGCCAACUGAGGUAUAGAAGGAUAAAAUGUUAUACAAUUGAAUAAAGAUACAAUUGGAAAAUAGACAUAUUUGUUGUCGCUUAUAUAUAUUAUCGUUUUAGUAAAUUAAAUAUUUAUUUAAUCUA